GUGUCUUCGCGUCUCUGCGCCGCCGGGUGAGUGGCGGCCCGGCCUCGGGGGGAGGAGGUAGGGGGCGGCAGAGCCUCAGCAGGCAUCACUUCUUUGGAUUGGAUCCUUGAAUACUAAUCGUCAUGAGCAACUACAGUGUGUCUUUGGUAGGCCCGGCUCCUUGGGGUUUCAGACUUCAAGGGGGCAAGGAUUUCAACAUGCCUCUGUCUAUCUCUCGGCUUAACGAUGGUGGCAAGGCAGCCCGAGCACAUGUGGGGAUAGGUGAUGUGGUUCUCACCAUUGAUGGAAUAAGCACUGACGGUAUGACUCACCUAGAAGCACAAAACAAGAUCAAGGCAUGUACAGGCAAUUUGAACAUGACUCUGCAAAGAGUGGCUUCUGCAACAAAACCUGAUCUUAUUCAUGUACCAAAGGGAGAACCUACAGAAGUAGUUAAGCCUGUGCCCAUUGCCUCUGCUAUUGCACCCAAAGUCACUGCCACGGCGAGUGUGGCUUACAAUAAGACACCGAGGCCGUUUGGAGCCGUAACCUCCAAAGUCACCUCCAUCCCAUCACCGUCAUCCGCCUUCACUCCGGCUGCGGCCGCGUCCCCAUCCCCGGCAGCUGCCGGCCAGGCCCCGUUUGCUGCUCCCGGAGUGCAUGUUAACGCCAAGCCUCACGCUGAGCAGUGGCCGCCCGUGCCGAGCGCUGCUAAACCUGCAGUUAAUGUCCCACGGCAGCCCUCCGCCGCCGCGCACAAUGCCGCUCCAAGCGCCUCUGCUGGCAACGGCGCCCAGGACGUAGCAGAGGGGCCACGACGAGGAGUCAAUGAAAACCAGGGGGAGAGUAAACAGCAAAAUGGACCCCCACGGAAGCACAUCGUGGAUACCUACACAGAGUUCUACCCCACGCAUACCCACAGCGAUGCCAGCAAGAAGCGUCUGAUUGAGGAUACCGAGGACUGGCAUCCUCGAACGGGCACCACCCAGUCUCGCUCCUUCCGUAUUCUUGCCCAAAUCACCGGCACUGAUCACAUGAAAGAACCAGAACAUGAAGGUGCAAAGAAGACUAAGAAAAGCCAAACAGAAAAUGGAGACUUCAGUGACUCUCUGGAGGCUACCCAACCUGCUGCUGCUUUUUCGGCCACCUCAGCAAGGAGCAUGCCUGCCUGCCAAGAAAACACAGCCACAAGACCUGCUCCCGUCAGCACCACAUCUGCUGCAGGCCUCAAGCCCACGGGACCCCCAGGUGCUGCCAAAUACUCUGGCUGGCAGCCUGCAAACCAAGCAGCUCCUGCCAGUGGAUGGACAUCAAACAGUAUUCAAGGACCUGGGACAACUGCCACUAGUGAAAAAUCUGCAACAGCACCUCAGCUAAAUGAACAGGACACGUUGGUUCAGAGGGCAGAGCAUAUCCCAGCAGGAAAGCGUACACCCAUGUGCGCACACUGUAAUCAAGUCAUUAGAGGACCCUUCUUGGUGGCUUUGGGGAAGUCGUGGCAUCCAGAGGAGUUUAAUUGUGCUCACUGCAAAACCUCCAUGGCUUACAUAGGAUUUGUGGAAGAGAAAGGGGCUCUGUAUUGCGAGGGCUGCUAUGAGAAGUUCUUUGCCCCUGAGUGUUCAAAGUGUCAGAGAAAGAUCCUUGGGGAAGUAAUAAAUGCUUUGAAACAAACUUGGCACGUUUCCUGCUUCGUGUGUGUGGCCUGUCAUAACCCCAUCCGUAAUAAUGUCUUCCACUUAGAAGAUGGCGAUCCCUACUGUGAGACGGAUUACUAUGCUCUCUUUGGUACUAUGUGCCGGGGCUGUGAAUUCCCCAUUGAAGCCGGAGACAGAUUUCUUGAAGCUCUGGGCCACACUUGGCAUGACACUUGCUUUGUAUGCUCAGUAUGCAGUGACAGUCUGGAGGGUCAGACUUUCUUCUCCAAGAAGGACAAGCCGCUGUGCAAGAAACAUGCUCACUCUAUCAACAUCUGAUGCUUGGAGCUUAUACUGUGUAACAGAUGUACUGAGCAGAAAGAAAGAUUUAAAUGUCCAUGUUCAAUAGUUGGUUAAAAUUAUUUAUAUAUGAUUUUUCUAGAAUGGAAGGGAAUGUGGAAAUUUGUGGAAGGGGUUGUAUACUAAUUUUUAGAGCAUUUAUCAGUUAGGGUUUUGCUUCAUAAAAAGAUGCACCGAAAGCCAGACAAACAGAGUGCCUUUACCUGUACACUUGCCACAUUUACUCUAUUGGUUUCAUGAUUUUAUGACCACAUUUGGAUCUGCUUCAUUAUGAGAAGUUGAAGCAUCUAUAAAAAUAAAUACAUGGUAUUAGAAGACUUGGUUUUGCUGCUGUUCAACACACAAAAAGAGAUUUGCUUCAGCAAUCCAGAUCACGCUUUUGCCUUGGUGUUUUUCAAAGCAUAUCUAGAGGCAUUGCAGCUAAACUCCAUUAAAAAAAAAACCUCAAAGGAAAGAUAAGAUUACAUGAAAUAUGUAGUUCAGCAACUGUUAUCUUAAUCUGACACUAAUAUACAUGAAGCCUUCUGCACAAUUACAUGUAUCUGUGCCUUUGCAGUUAAUGUUUUAGUGAGUCUGCAAAGGACAGAGAUAUUUACAAAGCAAUUAAGUGGGACAGCAGCUAUGCCAGUGUACAAGAAUAGUUUAGAAGAUGCCACUUAGAAGAAAACGUAAAUGGAAUAUUCUUCCUUAGCUCACAUACUACUAGAAUGUAAUCCAAUAAAACCUGCUAGUAAAGAUGUAUUUGACAGGAUGGAAGUGUCAGAUCAAAUGUUAAGAAUAGGGAAGCAGUUACACUCUUAUGUUUGCAGUUCAGGUUUUAGAUGGUUUACAGUGCCUUGGAAGGAUGAAAUUGAACAGAAUGUGCACGUAACAGUGUUUUAUAUCCAGAAUGUGAGACUCUGGUGUUAAAUGAUGGAAACUGCUGAAGUGCAACUGAGGACAUUGUUUUUCUCUCAGUACAUUCUUUACCAUGUAGCUCAUGAAUAUGUAUGUUGGUGGUGUGCCAGGUAGUGUGCCAAAAACUUAUUUUCUUGCUCAGCUGUUAUGAUUUUUAUUAGUCUACGGUUUAUUUUUCUCUUUCCUCUAGAUAUAAGAAAUAUAUUGUUGAAUAAUAUAAUUGUUGAAUUGAGUUAGGCAACUCAGUAUCUCUCACUUCUUGCAAGGGAACAGAGAGACAGUGCUGUCAUUAUGCAUUUGCUGUGAGCCAGGAGAUGUAGCCAAUUCUGUGGCUUGAUCUGAAUUUCACUCCAUACAGAGAGUCAGUGCAAGACCUGUGCAUCAGCUAAGUCCCACUUAACUUCAAAUUAGGGCUUAAGUGGUAUGGAGCAAUUGUAGGCAGAUAGGGAAGAGGUGGUGACCCUCUGCACGGGGUGAAUUUCGCUCCAGUGGAAUUGCACAACAGAGAAGGGGGCCCACUCAGGGCCAGAUCAGAUUCCUGAAGGAAAGUGAAUUUACAUGCUUUUUAAUUUGACUGGGAUGUCAGAACUGAAUUGUUAGUUUUAAUGCUCCUUCCAGUAAACAGUGAAAGGAACCACUUACUGGUUUUAUUAAUGUGUUGAUUUAGAUUUUUUUAACUGAACAAAGGACAGGUAUAAUGAUAAAGCCAUGGAGAAAAUCACAAAAAAAUAAAAAAAAAGUCCAUGGUUGAGUAAAGCAAUUGUAGCAACGAGCAUCAACAAGAGAGGGAGAGAAAACUAAAAUUGCUGUACCGAGUUAUUUGGCUUUCUUAUUAAUACAGCAAGAGAGGUUCACGUUGUGGGGCUGUUUCACAUUAUUCCCUGAAAUUGUUUUUCUUCAAUACUGCCACGUUUCUUUUUUUAAUUUCUGGUGGUACAGAAUAAAUGGCAUAAAGCUGUUCAGAAUGUUUACAUUAGAUAUACCCUUUUGUGAGUUUGGAGGAAAAUCAGGAGGGUAGAAGCAGACUGGACAAGAUAGGGUAAUAUAUGAGCCAGGUUGCUUUUGAAAUAAGGUGGAAAGUGGAGAAAUGAGACCUAGAGAUUAGGUUUCAGUGGAGCUAUGUUGCACAUGCGUGAGGAAAGAGGAUGGGAAUGCACAGGAUAAGGGGUUCAGCAAUUCCUACAAUUCAAACCUUGCUAUUUUAAAGUAGGAUAUAAACUUUUCAGUUUGUCUUUGUCUUUAAAAUCAAAUUGAAUUUUGGUUAGUUUCAUAAUAUUACUUGAAAUGAUAUAUCUUAAUCCAUGUUCUCUAGGGUUUGAAAUUUUACAGUUGUUAAUGAAUUAGAGGACAAAAGCCUGAAAGGCUCCAAUAGAACUGCUUCAUUUAGCUGCUUUGCCUUUUAAUUUCUGCUUUUAUCUAUUUGUUAAAAAUUUAAAAGGAAGCACAGAGUCACUGAUGCAUAAUGACUAUUUAAUGGCUCUACCAAAUUAUAUAAAACAACUAAAAGGAACAUAGUUUUUAUCAUUAUUUUAAUAAGUGGGAUUUUAGUAGAGCACUUUAUAAUAAUGCCAUAUAUCUCACUGAGUAUUUAUUAUCUUUUUGUGUUUAAGGCUAUUUCAUACUGUUAUCUUUGUACUUUGUUUAUUUGAAAGCCUGCGUAUUUACCUCUAAAAUCUUUUGGAAUACGAGUGUGUUUAUGUGUUUAUGUAUAGCUCUAUACAUGCACACAUAGCGCAUGUACAUUGAGAGGCAUAUGUAUAUAUGCACAUGCACAUAUGUGUAUUCGACUACAGACUUGACAUUGCAAAAAUCAGCACCAUUCCACAAUCACUUGAGAGUUUCAUGAGAUUCCCAACUAUCUUCCAUGCAACACAUUCAUGUUUUGAGGGAAUGUUAGAAAGUCAGAAGAGACAUGUUAGUAACCGAACUACUGUAGUUUUUUGCAUGCAUUUUCCAUCAGUAAUUAUUUUUCUUCCAAAACUGCCUUUAAGAAAAUGAAGUUUAACACUGCCUGAAGAUAGAAGGUCUUCGUAAGUGAAUAAUUGGAUCAUAAUGACAGUUUCAGUAUAUUUUAACUAAAUAAUUCUGAAUUAUGUGUAAAUAUAAAUGCUUAAUAUAACAAUGCAAUAAACAUUAAGGCAAAGGUUGA